AUGCCCAUAAUAUCACGAAAAUUAUGGAAAGCAUCCGUUUUUGAAGAUUUUGGUGCACCUACUACUUCCACUGUUCCUCAAAGGGAAUUUGAGUAUUUCCAUCCUAACCUUGGGGUUCCCGAUCAUCGUCCUAACAUAAACCUCAAUCGUGGGAUAACUGGUCUUAAUCCUGGGCCAAGUGGUGGUUUUAAUGUGAUCUUAUUGGCGACGAUCAUUCGAAAAAACCCGAUUGGCGUUAUUUCGAAAUUUGAAAUUUGCAUUCAAAAUAACAAGCCCCCUACCGCAUCCGAACCUAAUUGGAUUAGCAUAUAUUAG